GAAUUGGGAUUUUACUUUUUACUUUAAUUACCCAGACCAAAGAAAAGGAAAAACAAAACAAAAGAGACUAAAACCCUAAUCCGCCCUCCAUUCGUCACUAUACCACCUCUGCAAGAUCCACGUGUUUUCAUAUCUUCGAUUGCAUGCAAUCAUGGUGUUGAUAAUUCAUCACUAUACGUCAAAACCCACACACUUUCUCUUCUUAUCUCCUCUUCUUCUACUUCUCUCCUCUGUUUCACUCUGUCUCAAGACGCACUGAGAAAGAACAUGGAUUUGAGGAAGUCCUUGUUGAACUUGGUGGUGCCUCCGGCGAGUAUGGUGAUGCUGGCCUGCGCGUGGCCUGCCUUGAUUUUCAUCAGGAGUUGUGAGUGGAUUUACGGUUACUUCAACAAUGAGAAUAUGGAAGAUAAGGUCGUGAUCAUCACUGGUGCUUCCUCUGGCAUGGGAGAGCAAAUCGCAUACGAAUAUGCAAAGAGGAAGGCAAAACUUGUAUUGGUUGCAAGGAGAGAUCAGAGACUUCGAUUGAUCAGCGAGAAUGCGAGUCUUCUGGGUGCAAAUCAUGUCAUGAUCGCCGCCGCAGAUGUGGUCAAGGAAAAUGAUUGCCGGAGCUUUGUUACCGAAACCAUAAACUACUAUGGUUCUGUGGAUCAUCUCGUGUUGACGACAAGUUUGGGGCACACAUUCUACAUUGAAGAAGUGACGGACACAUCUGUGUUCCCCCAUAUUCUGGAUAUAAAUUUUUGGGGAAAUGUCUAUCCAACUCUGGCUGCUCUUCCAUACCUACAUCAGAGCAAUGGUCGUAUCAUAGUUAACGCCUCAGUCGAGAACUGGUUACCUCUGCCGAGGAUGAGCUUAUAUGCUGCUGCAAAAGCGGCUCUAAUAAACUUUUACGAGUCGCUGAGAUCUGAGCUGAACGAUGAGGUGGGAAUAACAAUUGCGACGCACGGUUGGGUUGGAAUGGAAAUGAGUAGAGGCAAGUUCUUGCUUGAGGAGGGUGCAGAGAUGCAAUGGAAAGAAGAAAGAGAAGUACAUGUGAGCGGUGGACCGGUGGAGGAUUAUGCAAGGAUGAUCGUUGAUGCAGCUUGUCGUGGAGAGGCAUACGUAAAGUUUUCAAACUGGCAUGAUAUAUUCCCCCUUUACAGGGCCUUUGUACCGAACCUUCUGAACUGGACACUCCAGCUGCUGAUUGCACAAAAUGGUACAAGAAGAACCUCUUUGAUCGGCACGGGAAGGCCUCUUUUGGAGGGUGCCUCUCCAAGGAAACUCCUUGUAAGCCCUGCUAUUUCCCAUUACAGUCCCCAGCAGCAACAAAAAAUGGAAUGAAGAAGCCUUUGGCGAAUUAUUAAAGAGUCUUUGUAAUUUUUUAGUUAGCUUUGUUUUUGAGAAAUUGUGUUUUAUUGUAGAAUGCACUUUUGAGGGAUUUUAUUUGGCUUGUAAUGAGGUUGAGAAUAAGUGAAACCUAGGUUGACUAAUAUGAAUUAGUCAAACACAAAAACUUGUUCUUUGCACAUCCUAAAACAAUGUCAAACGAGUUUGU